AUGGUGAUGCCUUUUCGUAUUGGUUUUCCUCCGAACGGUGGUAAGUAGCUCAAUCUGUUUUAUUUUUAAUCUUUUGUUAAUUGAAUAGAUUUAUUUAUGCAAAUUUUUGUUAUUUCUAUGUUUUAAAAUUUUAGGCCAGUAUUAUUUAGAUUUUUAUAUAGUUUUUGUUGUUGGCGGAUAAAACUGAAAAUUUACGACAUAAGUAUAAUAGACAAAAUAUUGUAAAGCUAUAAUAGUUUUAUGUUAUAUUCUUUGUGUUUUUUGUUAGAUUAUUAUGCUGAUCUUGUUGUUUUAGGUCCUCCACCGCCUCAGAUGCCAAGUUAUGUUCAGUUUCGACCGAAUUUUCGCCAGAGGCCACCCAUGAGACAACCUCCUCCUAAUGCAUGUCAAGUAAGCAUUUAUUAGCGUUUUCUAUUUUUAGGUAGACGUUUUACUAGCUGAUUUAUGGAAGACGUUGAUGUUAAUAUCUAAAACAAUGUUUUUAGACGAAAAUUGCAUAUUGUUUGAGCUAAAAUAAUUUAUUACUACAAGUCUAAAACACUGUUUUUAAAAUUUUAAGCAUCUAAAAACUAGAUUAACAUUCUUUAUAACUUUUUCCCUUUUAGUUACCAGAAGAGAACCUUUUGUUUGUGGGUAACAUUGAUGAACGAGUGCCGAAUGAUCUCCUACACGCCGUCUUUGAUUGUUGUGGUCCGGUGGAGAAGUGGCAACGCUUGGUUGGGCCAGAUGGACGUUUACCAGCAUUCGGAUUUGUUGGUUAUAAAACACCGGAAAGUGCAAUAUUGUGUUUAAAGGCCAUGCACAACUUUAGGAUUGGCAACAAAACGUUGAACUUGAGGGUGGGUUUUGUGAAUGAUUUCUAUUGGGUUGGGUAUUUAAUAAACUCGCAAAGUUUGUAAGGUUUUUUAACUUUGAUUUUCUUAGCUAUGCCAAACGAUAUAAAUGCGAAACAAGUAUUGUGUUGAAGCUCUUGACCUACUCUAUCUAAUUUUUUAAUAUUUCCUUUUUCAGCCAGACGAAAAGGUCCGCCAAGUCUUAUUUGAUCAUGUACGAAGAGAAAGAGCUCUUCAAAAUCUACCUCGGAAACAAAUUGGCACAGAGUUGGAAAUAGAAGAGUGUGAUAAAGAAAUGAUUGACCAUAUUCAUGAUAAGGCAACAGAAGUGAUUCGAAACACACAUGCUCAUUUACUAGUCAUGGAAGAGGAGAAAGAGGGUAAAAUUUUGAAAAUGUGGUUUUAAGGUUUCAAAAAUACGCCAUUUUUUUCGAAUCAAGAAUUUUAAAAUGCACCAUUCUUUUUGCAUCAGGUAUAUAAACUUGCGCCAUUCUUUUUGCAGCAAGAAUAUUUAAGGCGCGCCGUUCUUUUCGCAUCAAGCUAUUCAAAAAGCGCCAUUCUUUUUGCAUCAAGAGUUUUUAAACGCGCCAUUCUUUUUGAAUCAUGAGUUUUAAAACAGUUUUCAAAAAUUUAAAUUUUAAAAUUUCAGAUAAAGAAAAAUCGCCAGAAGCAACGAGGUCGCGGACCCCGAAAGCGGUAAGUUGUACCUAAUGUCAUGUUAUCUUUAAUACAGUUUUUGGGGGUCUAUUUUUGGUCUUUAUUGGACACGACUGUUGGAUCUGGUAAGUCGAUAAUUUGCCUAAACUUUUGUCUAGAAAUGAUCCAUUCAGGCCUACGGUAACAGUAAGUUUUGGGGCUUCAAACUUUAAAUUUGUUAUUGGGGGUUUUUUCGAAGUUUUUUUUGUCUGAUAUGAGUACUGUAAUAUGAUUUUAGGAGCGUAAAAAGCGAAAAAAGGAGUCAAGAUCGAGGAGGUCAGAGAGCAGGGAGAAGAAACGGUAGGUUUUUGAAAAAAUUUUUUGAAAUUUGAAAAAUAUUCAAGAAAUACUUAAAAAAAUACUAGCUCUAUAACAAUAUGUGUGAAAUAACGUACGUUAACCAUGUCAUUUCAGUUCAAAACGCCAUCGCUCAAGCUCGGAAAGCUCCGCCAAAAGUUCGAGAAGGGCAUCGUCGGUGGAAGUCGGGGAGUCGGACGAUUCAGACGUCGUUCAAGAACGAAAGCUCCGCCGACGCGAACAAAAACGCCGCGAAGAAGAGUACCUAAGACAGCUGAAGAAAUUCGAGGAGAGGGAACGACGAAGAGCCAAGCUAUAUAGUCAUGAAGACGAAGAAGACAUGAUUCUACAGAAAACCAUCCAGAAGGAGGCCAAGAAGCUGGCACAGUUCAUGGAGGAUUACAAUGACGAGCGGGAUGACCCGAAGUAUUAUAAGUAAGAGUUGUAUUAGCACUCAGUUUGGUUAUAAGUAAAGGUUAGAUUAGGUUUCGAAGUAGUUUCUACGAUUUUUGGGUCAAAGGGAGUUUCUCUUGCCUGUACUUGCUUUAAUCUCGGUCCUAUGUCUAGCCCAAGCGCAAAUUUCAGUCCCUUUUUAAAUAGUGAAGUGAGGAUAAUGUUUCAGAUUUUAUAACAUUUAAUGUCAUGUUUUUCAGAAGCUCAUCCUUUUACAAACGGAAACAAGAGUAUGACAGAGAAAAAGAGCUGGACAAACAAGAUCGACAACAAGAAGCCAAAGAGUUGACAGAAAUGAGAGAACACAUGAACAAAGAAGUCAAGAAGGAAGAGGUGGUACAGAAGGUUGAGGUAAAAUAAGUUAAUUGUUUUCUCCCUUACUAAAAGGGUUUAAAAGGACUACUUUGCAUAGAACCGCUAGUACGAAACUUAAUGAACAUUGAUAAUGAAGUCAUUAUGUUUUGUAUAGUUUUUUCACAAGUCACUUGAAUACCUUAAUAUCUAUGACACUUUUAUAAUAAAAUAAUAAAAAAUCAUUCCAGAAAACCGAAGUCAAGCUGAAGAUCGAAGAAGAGGAGGAAACCUUCAAGUAUAGCUUUGUGGAAGACAAAAAACUAACCAAAGUCGACACUCCAGAAACCUCAGGUUCUCAGAACGGACACGAACGAAAGGUGGUAACACAAUUCCAACAAAAAGUCAUUUCACAAACCAUAUCCGUCUUUGGAGACGACGAUAUGGACGAUGAUACUCACGUCAUCAAGAAGAAGAUCAAGAAAUUCGAAAUUACACAUCAGGUAAGGGGAGAUUCUUGGUGUGAUAUGAUGGUUUUGGGCUGGUUAAUAAAAGAAAAUUAAGAUUUUUUUCAUAGUAAAUGACCCAAAAUUUUGUUUUCAGGAAAGAAUGGAGUCCUUAACAAGUGAAGAACGCCGACAAAUGGCCAAAGACCUAAUCAACGACAUCCCCACCGGCAAGGAAGACCUAUUUGCAUACCCAUUGGACUGGGAAAUGGUGGAUCAAAGCCUAGUCGACGAGAAAAUCAAACCCUGGGUCGACAAGAAGAUCAAGGAGUACAUUGGAGAAGAGGAACCAACUCUGGUCAACUUUAUAUGCGACAAAAUCGCGGAACACGGAGAACCUCAACGACUUUUGGGCGAUCUCGCCAUGAUUCUGGAUGAUGAAGCCGAAGCCUUUGUCUUCAAAUUGUGGCGACUUAUCAUCUUCCAAUCAAAGGCCAAACGAAUUGGGUUGAAUGUCAAUAAUCGGUCCUAA